AUCAGCAGCAGCAAGAUGCUGUCCCUUUCGUUCAGUGAGAGCAUGCGAAGCGACAUCGACCGCUACCUGUCCGACCAGGGUCUGUACCCGUUAAGGCAGAGCGAACCAGGUGAGAUGCAGCAACGUCUGCGUGAGGUACGUGCAGCCGCGCAGCUGAAGAACUUGGAGGACUUCCUCAAGAUGAACGGCGUGUCGCUACAGGAGUGCGUGUCUUACCAGACGGGCAUGAGGUACAGGAACCUAGGAAAAUCUGGGUUAAGAGUGUCCUGUCUUGGACUGGGUACAUGGGUAACAUUUGGUGGUCAAAUUACAGAUGAGAUUGCAGAGCAGCUGAUGACUCUGGCCUAUGAGAAUGGAAUCAAUCUGUUUGACACAGCUGAAGUCUAUGCAGCGGGCAAGGCUGAAAUGGUUCUGGGCAGUAUCAUAAAGAAGAAAGGUUGGAGGCGUUCAAGUUUGGUUAUUACCACUAAGAUCUACUGGGGUGGAAAAGCAGAGACAGAAAGAGGACUGUCCAGAAAGCAUAUAAUUGAAGGUUUAAGAGCCUCACUGGAAAGACUACAGCUGGAUUACGUGGAUGUAGUAUUUGCAAACAGACCGGACCCCAACACGCCUAUGGAAGGAGAUCCAUUUAACACCUCAAAAUCAAGAACAUUCAUCAUAGAAGAGACGGUGAGAGCAAUGACCCAUGUGAUUAACCAGGGAAUGGCCAUGUACUGGGGAACCUCACGCUGGAGCUCCAUGGAGAUCAUGGAGGCCUACUCGGUGGCCCGGCAGUUUAACCUGAUCCCUCCCAUCUGUGAGCAGGCAGAGUAUCACAUGUUCCAGAGGGAGAAGGUGGAGGUGCAGCUGCCAGAGCUAUUUCAUAAGAUAGGUGUGGGCGCGAUGACGUGGUCUCCGCUGGCGUGUGGAAUAAUCUCAGGGAAAUAUGACAGCGGGGUGCCCCCCUACUCACGUGCCUCUCUCAAGGGCUACCAGUGGUUGAAGGACAAGAUCCUGAGUGAGGAAGGCCGGCGCCAGCAGGCGAAGCUGAAAGAGCUGCAGGCCAUCGCGGAGAGGCUGGGCUGUACUCUGCCCCAGCUGGCCAUCGCGUGGUGUCUGAGGAAUGAAGGGGUAAGCUCUGUGCUUCUGGGGGCAUCUAGCACAGACCAGCUCAUGGAGAAUAUAGGAGCCAUACAGGUUCUUCCAAAGUUAUCAUCUUCAAUCAUCCACGAGGUGGACAGUAUUCUAGGCAACAAGCCAUACAGUAAAAAGGACUACAGGUCCUAG